UUGCAGUUACCAUGGCUAACUCGGUUGCCACUACCUCUCUUUUAGCCAAUGCCCCUGGAACUCAACAUGAUGUUUUCUUGAGUUUCAGAGGCUCAGAUAUCCGAAGCAAUUUCAAAGGCCAUCUUUACAAAGCCUUAGACCAGAAGGGAAUUCAUACUUUCGUUGACGAAAAUCUCGAUAAGGGAACUGAAAUUUCUCCUACACUUAUCACAGCAAUUAGAAAAUCAAAGAUAUCCAUCAUCAUCUUCUCCAAACACUAUGCAUAUUCACCAUGGUGUUUGGAUGAACUGGUAGAGAUCCUCAAAUGUAGGGAAUCUUUUCGACAAUUGGUUUGGCCAGUCUUCUUCUAUGUGAAUCCUUCCGAAGUAAGAAAUCACAGAGGAAAUUUUGGGAUUGCUUUAGCUAAAUACAAAGGAAGUUCGAAGAUUAAGUACAAAGAAAAGCUUCCCAACUGGAAGGCUACUUUGACCAAGGCUUCCAAUCUAGCUGGAUGGCAUUUAUCCAAGGGAGAAGAUGAAUCUCAACUUGUCCAUGAAAUUGUGAAAGCCACAUUGAGCAAAUUGAAUCGUAAAAUUCUACAUGUUACCAACUACCCAGUUAGAAUUGAAGUAGAAUUGGGUCCUUUAAUAGGUAUUGCUAAGAAAGGUGUGAGAGCCAUAGGUACCUUUGGAACCUGUGAUGCUCGGACUCUUCAAAAUUACCAAAGCACCCGUGUAGACUAUACACAACACAACACGGACAAGGGUGCAGAAUCCAUUUCGGAUAUACCAUUGGAAAAAUGGAUGCGGCUGUUUCGUACAAUCAACAUCUACAGAGCUGAAGAAAAUAAAGAAUCUAUCCAUGGAGAAAAAAAAGAGAGAAAAAAGAGAGAAAAAAACAUCUGUAAAGAGAAGAAAAAAGAAAGAGAUGGAAAAGAGAUUAAAAAAAAGGAUCCAUGGCUGCAUAAAGAGAGAAAAUAGAGAUUCCUACUGGCUAAGCUUCCAUGGUGGAAUUGGAAAGAGAAGAGAGAGGAGAAAGGUUUGAAGAAAAGCAUAGGAAAAAGAAGAAGAAAAGCAUCGGGCAUUGAAGAAACGUGCAGAAUUGUCGAUCUUCUUCUGUAUAAGGAAUAUGUGUGCUAUGUAAAUUGUAGUAUACCGUGAUACUGUAAUAUUAUACUUACCAUAGUUGUUGAUGUAUUCCCAUACCAGUUUCAACAUACUCUGUAUAUAUAGUUGCUACAGGUUAUGAGGAUUAUUAAGCCUUUGUAUUACACUCUCUAUAACUUUUAUAUUCUGUACAUUAUUAAUGUAACUUUAGAAGCUUU